AUGCCAAGUCGGCCGCGUGCGGGACGCAGCAUAUCAUCGCCGCCACAACCGCCACAGCAGCCGCCGCCAACUGCUGCUCUUGUUGUUGUUGUUGUUGUUUCCCAUCAGCUGACUGAAAAAGCCCUUCCAGGGGGCCGACGAGGCGCCACUGGUGCUGGUGCUGGAGGCCUCGUGGGUCGCGUGCGACUGUGUGCAGCUGACGCGGACAACGACGACGAUGACGACAACAACAACAAUGACGACGACGACGACGACGACGACAUCGAUGACGAUGCUGUCGUUGUCGCCCGUGCUGGGGGCCGACGAGGCGCCACUGGUGCUGGUGCUGGAGGCCUCGUGGGUCGCGUGCGACUGUGUGCAGCUGACGCGGACAACGACGACGAUGACGACAACAACAACAAUGACGACGACGACGACGACGACGACAUCGAUGACGAUGCUGUCGUUGUCGCCCGUGCUGAUGACGGAUAUUACGGUUCCCACCACCACCACCACCACCACCACCUGCACCACUUGCGCCAUCCGCACCACCACCCCGACGAUUACACCAACCCCGCUGGUGACGCCUUCGGCGGCGGCGGUGAUGUCGGCAUCGGCGGCGGCCCUGACGACGACGACUGCUACAGCGGCGACAUCAAGUUCCGGCCCUCUCAUCCCCCUGGUGCCGACCACCACCACCACCACAAUAAUAAUAAUAACAAUAACAACCACAACCACCAGCACCACCAACACGUACAAUCCUCCCACCACUUGCUGCUCCCUCCUCCUCCAGCAGCACCGUCACCAACGUCUCUCCUGCACCUCACCAGCAGCAUGCCGAACCCCUACCAGCACCAGGCGGCGCCACUGUCGCAGCACCACCACCACCACCACCAGCACCACCACCAACUCCAGCAGCACAGCCACUCAUCCUUGCUGCUGUACUCGUCCUCGCCGACACCGUCGCCGUCUCCCAGCACGUGCACGACGCCGGUUCCGUCGCCGUUGUCGUCGUCGAACACGUCAUCCGUCGUGUCCCGCCGCGGCCGGCUGUCGACGGAAAAGGGCGGCGGCGGCGGCGGCGUCAAUUCCGGCCACGCCCCGCCGGUGGAGGUGCGCAAGAAGCGCCGGCUGGCGGCCAAUGCCCGCGAGCGACGGCGCAUGAACAGCCUCAACGACGCCUUCGACCGUCUCCGGGAAGUCGUGCCGUCGCUGGGCAACGACCGGAAGCUGUCCAAGUUCGAGACGCUGCAGAUGGCCCAGACGUACAUCGGGGCCCUGCACGAGCUCCUGCAGCGGGUCUCUAACAAUUAA